AUGCUUCCCAGUCCCGCUUUCCAGACAGCCCUGUACAUUUCGUUUCCCCGCCGGAACGCAUAUACAUUCAUUCCCAUGAAACCCCGUCUGGUAUCAUCAUUGAACAAGUGCCUUCUGAAACUCUUUGGUAUUCUACACCGCAAUAAGAAGCUGAAAAUGGUGUCGGUGUCCCGAUAUGCCAUGUUACAUGAGGUAGCCAACAUUAUCAGCACAGGUUGUUUAUCAACUGGCUCGAAGUUGCCCAAGAGAUACGAGAAGAUAAGGAAGCCCGCUGUCGUGUGAGAGGCCAAAGUGUCUUCGCUCCUUUCACAAGAGAUCUAUUGAAGUAAGUGUCUGAAUACUUUGAUGUUCAUUUCCUGAACCGUAAAAGAAUUUCUCCCAAUACCC